GGUCAGGAGACAAAGGUGAGAAACUUAAGACUGACGGUUAGGGGGAGAAGGAUCGAGACUAAUGUAUCCUCAGUCAAUGAGUCAUACACAACAGGCCUAGCUGACUUGGAAACGUUUACGACGUGGAGAGAGGACAGGAAAAGAAAGAGAGCCAUGCACAAGCCAAUCCGCGCCUUCCUGAUCGCCUUCGCCCUGUGCUGUUACCUGUUCACCAUCUUUAUCAACAUCAUCUCAUCCAACCUCGGCUUGGAGCUAGAGAACUACAAGUUCUUUACUAGGAGAGCGCUCUCUAAGGAUAUAGAUACAAUCAGAGAUUGGUUCGCAAACUCUAUCGGCAACACGACAGCGCAGUUCCAGUUUGACUUCACCCCUGCCGGGUGGGUGUUCACGCUGUGGGCAGUCAUCUUCUUCUGGAACCUCAUCUGGCACCUGUACGCGCUCACCACCAUCUGCCGCAGGUACAAGCAUGAGUACGUGUACGUGUUCCCUAACGCCCUCCCCACGCCCUUCUGGGUGGCCUGGAUCAUCAACCUGGGGCUGAACAUCGGCUGGCAGUUCCUGUACGACGGGCGGCACAUGAUCCCUGCCGCGGUGUUCAUGGCGCUCAUCGUCAUCUCCCUCAUCGUCUGCCUGGCAACCACGUACUUCCGCACCUGUAGGGACGGCGCCUGGAUGAAGGACAACAUGCCGGGCGACCUGUACGCAGUCCGGCUCCUGUGUCAUAACGGCCUGGGGAUCUACAUCACCUUCACCACCGUGCUGUUCUUCCUCAACCUCGGCAUCUGCCUGGUCUACUGGGGAUCAAAACUCAAUCAGGUUGACGUGACCACGGGCCUGUUCUCCGGCCUGGCGUUCCUGAUGCUGGUGUGGUUCGUGCUGGAGAACUUCACGCCGCUGGAGCCGUACUGCCGCUACACCAUCACCAUCUGGCCCACGCUCAUCGUGGUGCUCACCGCCAUCUUCAUCCACUACCCCAAGCUGUCAGAUGGCACUAUCCCUGGUCACUUCUGGAACAAGGACGACCGUAACGACAUCUAUAACGCCGUGCUGCUGGGGUUGGCCUGUCUGUUCUGUCUGCUGCGCUUCAUCAUCGUCCUGGUCAACCAUCGCAGGAAGCCUAUCGACUACGGCACGGACGACCGGUACCCUGAUGAUCAAGAGGAAUUUGCAAUGGUGAACACCAAGCGGUUUGAAAGGCAGAGAUUCAGCAGGGUUGCAUAAUUAGGGUCUGGGCUUAUGAGGUUUGGCUUAUUAAGAAUCCCAAAAUAUUGGUGAUAAAAUCACUCGUUUUAGUGGAGUCCUCUUACAAUGUUUACAAGUAUGGGAAUGAUACAACGUGUAGUUACCAAAAUACUAGUACAUCCUACUAUGGCAAUCAACAAGCUUAUGACUAAAAUUGGAAUUGUAUACGUAUGACCUAUACCAUGUAAAUUGAAUAUGUUCCAGGAAGUAGAAGUAUGAUUAGAAAGACAGCAAGACACAUAAAAAUGACAAAAUUAUGGAUAGAACAUACUUAUAUUACUAGGUAUAUAGUUAUGAAAAGGCAGAGGCUGGUGUUUUAGUGAUCCUUUCAAAAUGUGUGUAGUUAGACUGAGGCAAAUCAUUGUAGAUUCCAAAAAAAUGAAGAGGGCCAACCCCUAUGGUUUGUAAAGAUAAUUUAUAAAUCUUACAUUAGGUUGAUGGUGAGCUGUGUGUGAGUUGGUGGAUGAAAAGGUAAAGUGCAACAUCUGACCCCAACAAUGUGGAAACAGUUGUUUGAAGGCCAGAUUGUGUAUUAUAUUGUAUCUAAUGCAGUUAUGUAGCUGUAAGUUACCAAUAUUGACAGUUUGGCAGAGAGUAGAUAAGGUAAAUAAUAUAGAAUACAUUGUUUUGAAUGAUGAUCAUAUUUGUCUGAAGUAGAAAAUGCCAUACGGAUUGGUGUAUAACGUUACAUUUAUAAUUAUGGUGUUUGUCACCUUUGUAUAUUUCUCCAUUAUUGUACCACGUUAAUUUAAGAUAUCACCUUAAUUUCUUUACCAAUUAUACUCAACUUAAGCAUUAUGGUGGCCUUUAAAAGGUUAAAACGCUAUAUUUGGUAUUUAUAAAUAAAUUUUGCUAUGCUAGGGUUUAGUUUCUACCAGAGUAUACUUUUGUAUCAUCAUUAGAAACUGUAUAUAUUUAUAUAUUGCUAAUGCUCAUAUAUAGUGCAGUAAUUCACCUAAUGUACUUACACAUGGACUAUUCCAUCUAAAACUUUCAUGGGCUCAUGGGAUGUGAAGAUGACAAAUUACCUGAGAAAUCAUUGUUACAGAUAGAGAAAUGUUUGCAACCACCCCCAUUGAACCUUUUGAAUGGCAUAACCCUGUGAGAUGUACAUUAAAUGACAAAACAAAAUUCGUUCUGCAUUCGCAGUGCUUUUAAAUAAGAGAAUUUUGUAUUUAUAGAUGCUGCUUCUUGCUAUUCUUAUCUUAGUUUUGUGCCAUGACAUAAGCAUGCAACGUAUAAUAUGAUAAGUGUAAUCUUUUAUAUUGCCUGCUUUGUUUUGUCCUGAAUCAAUAAAGAUCCAGAAGGAAA